AUGGAUUCAGUUGCAGAGAUCCAGAAAAAUACAGAUUAUCUCAUUAAACCGGAGAAUAUUUCUGGCAAUGCAGAUGCUUCUACAUGGCCUCUUUUGUUGAAAAACUAUGAUAAACUGAUAGUUCGGACGGGACAUUAUACUCCGAUUCCUCAUGGAUCAUCGCCGUUAAAAAGAGAUAUUAAGUCAUAUAUAAGUUCUGGUGUUAUUAAUCUUGAUAAACCAGCGAAUCCGUCGUCUCAUGAGGUUGUAGCAUGGAUCAAACGGAUUUUACGCUGUGAAAAAACUGGUCAUUCUGGAACUUUAGAUCCCAAAGUAACAGAAGGAUGUUUAAUUGUUUGUAUUGAUAGGGCAACUCGUCUGGUUAAAUCUCAGCAAGGUGCUGGGAAAGAAUAUGUAUGUGUAAUUCGGUUCCAUGAGGCUUUAUCUUCAGAAAAAAAGUUUGCCCAAUGCCUUGAAACAUUGACAGGUGCUUUGUUUCAGCGUCCUCCUCUUAUUUCUGCUGUUAAACGUCAACUUCGGAUUCGUACCAUUCAUGAAUCCAAGUUGCUAGAAUUCGACAAUGAUCGUCAUCUUGGUGUAUUUCGUGUAAGUUGUGAAGCAGGAACAUAUAUCCGUACUUUAUGUGUGCAUUUAGGGCUUUUAUUAGGCGUUGGUGCUCAUAUGCAAGAACUUCGUCGUGUUCGAAGUGGCUGUAUGAGUGAAAUGGACGGAAUGGUUACAAUGCAUGAUGUCCUUGAUGCACAAUGGGAAUAUGAUAAUACAAGGGACGAAAAGUACUUAAGACGGGUUAUCCGGCCUUUGGAAUCUCUUCUUGUGUCUUAUAAAAGAAUUGUUGUCAAGGAUAGUGCGGUUAACGCUAUUUGUUAUGGUGCCAAAUUGAUGAUUCCGGGUUUACUUCGUUAUGAGUCUGGGAUUGAAAUUAAUGAAGAAGUUGUGCUUAUGACAACAAAAGGUGAAGCAAUUGCUUUGGGUAUUGCUCAGAUGUCGACUGUAGAAUUGUCGACAUGUGAUCAUGGUGUUGUGGCGAAAAUUAAACGAUGUAUUAUGGAAAGAGAUACCUAUCCUCGAAGGUGGGGUUUAGGCCCUCAAAGUAUGAAGAAAAAGAUUUUGAAAAAAGAAGGCAAACUUGAUAAAUAUGGAAGAAUUAAUGAUGCAACACCUGAAGAAUGGAAGUCUACGUAUGUAGAUUAUAAUUUGCCCUCUGGACAACCGUCUGAACAGCCGUCUGAACAACCGUCUACUCUUGAAACAACGAUUAAGGAACCAGAGGUUCGGGAUAAUAUUGCGGUUCCCAAAGAAAUAAAAGAUGCAAAAAAGAAAAGGAAAAAAGAUGCAACGGACAGUGAAACAAAGGGUUUGAAAGACCCGGAAAAGAAGAGAAAAAUAGAAAAAAAGAAAGGAAAACAAGCGGUAUAA